AGUUUUAGCUGUUACUUACUCGUGGUCUCUGGCCAGCUCGCGCAGAGUCUGACGCGGGCUAACUACACUACUAGAUAGCAUGCGAGAGGUGAUACACGCCCUGCGUUGCAUCUUCUGGUGCGUCCGAUCCGAGCUUAGCAACGGAGCGUUUUCAGAGAAAACCGUUUCUGACCUUCGUCGCCCGUUGGGUAGAUGGUAUCGUUUCUGUGACGAGGAGUGAGAUAUAGAGUAAGACUACAUUGACAUAAUAAUAAUGGCAGUGACCCAGUGGGCAUAUAUAUGCACAGUAUUUUAAGGUGAGCUGGUAUUAUUCAUAUAGCUACACCCAGUGACAUGAAGAACUCAUUAUAACUCUUUGAAAAGCUACUUGUAUGUGUAAAACUCUUUGUAGGACUGGUAGUAAAGCGCUUUUGUCUUCACUCUCGGGGUUUCAGAGACGUCUCCAACUCGAAAUAACGACAUCUGUCGCGCAUGCGUUGACUGAAAUUCGACCUUUGAACCCGAACUCGUGGCAACACCCGAAGAUGCCGAAAUCCAAGAGAAAUAGAAUCUACACUCUGUCGCAGACGAGGAAGAAAGGGAGAGAGGCAAAGAGCGGACUCUUACAGGAGGUACGAGACUGUGUGGACAAGUACUCACACAUAUUUGUGUAUAGUGUUGAGAACAUGAGAAACAGCAAACUCAAGGAGGUGAGGACCCAGUGGAGGAGCAGCCGGUGGUUCUACGGGAGGAACAGAGUCCUGGCCACAGCCCUCGGGAGGUCUGAGGCCGAGGAAUACAGAGAGGGUCUCUCCUCUCUUGCCAAGCUCCUAAGAGGAAACGUCGGUCUAUUCUUCACUAAUCAACCCCGGGGCGAUGUCAUCAGCUGGUUCCAGUCCUACUCUGAACAGGACCACGCCCGGGCUGGUUUCCUAGCAACCGACGAUGUCGUUAUCCAGGAGGGUCCCCUCGAUAAGUUCCCUCACAGUAUGGAGCCUCACUUGAGGAGCCUUGGUCUACCGACCUCGCUCAAGAAAGGAGUGGUAUAUGUGACAGAUGAGUACACAGUCUGUAGAGAGGGGGACACCUUGACUCCGGAACAGGCCAGACUCCUGAAACUGUUGGACUGGAAGAUGGCAGAGUUCAAGAUCUCAUUCCAGGCCGUCUGGUCUCAGGAUGGGACACUGCAGCUACUGGACGGCCAGCCAGGAGACCUCAGAAAAGAACUGGAGUCUUCUUAG